AUGGCUUGCUUCGCUCACCUCCGCGAUAGCGUCCCUUCGUGGAUCUCAGACGCCAACCAGUUGUCCGUUCAUGUCUACACCAAACGCGCAGAAUUCGCCGCCGAGACGAGGAACAAGCCCAAAACUGGAUUACGGAAGAAGCCCGCCACUGCCAGUCUGUCUUCCUGCAACAGCCAGCGCCCCUUGAGUCUACGAGCCAGGUCGACGAGACGUGGAUUGAAACGGAUCUUGUCUCGAGAGUCGAUCAGAGAAGUCACCAAGCGACGCCGUGUGGACGCAGAGGAGGAGGGGGCAGAGGAAGAAGAAGAAGAAGAAGAGGAGGAAGAACAAGAAGUAAAGCCAGUCAUUUUAUAUGAUGGACACACGCAAAAAGCCCUCGAGCAGAUGGUGCGACAUAUCUGGUCAGCCAAGAGCAGCAUCCGGUCAUCUCGAAUCUCAACCUCAAUGCAGAGCGCCCUCCGCGGUCGAAUGAGAAUGCGAAUGGCGUCUACCGAAGAAAAAGAAAAAGAAAAAGAAACGCCGUCAACAGACCUGCUGUCGGCCAUUGAAGUCGAUGACAACGCACUCGCCCCAGACGACGACAACGCCGAACCGGAAGAGAUACCAGACUUUCGUAUCACACGCAGACCCGCACGCCAGAAGGAAAGCCCAUACGAUUUUAUCGAGGCGCAACUCGACGCCGCACAGAAUCUCUGCGAGUCGGCCGCGUACCGGUUCUUGCGUGAGGGUAAUUGUCUAGACGAGCUGGAGGGGUUGGUCGGAGCUUAUGAACUGGUCCUGGAGGCCGCGACGACCAUGGCCGAGCAGGAGGAAGAACGACUACAAAAAGAAGAAUCCGAAUUAGCAACAACAGAAAAGGAAGCCGAAGAUGAUAAACGCCCAGGCGGCGUGUUGAUCGAUGGCGCCGACAGCCCCGACGACCUCAACUCCGCCAUCCUCGAAGUUGACGAUCGCUCCGACACGUCUGAAGUCUCGAUUGAUAUCACCGCUUUCCGAAUGACGCGUUACGGUCAACGCACUUUGCAUCCUUUUACCUUGACACGCGCCGCGCGAUAA